AUGGGGCUGACACCAAAACGUCGCCGGCGUUCUGCCAAGCAGCCAGGCGGAGUGGACUACAUCAGCGCUCUCCCCGACGACCUCCUCCUCCUCAUCCUCGCCGGUCUUGGCUGCACCGCCGCCGCCGCGCGCACCAGCGGCCUCUCCCGCCGCUGGCGCGGCCUCUGGGCCCGCCUCGGCGACAUCUCCCUCCGCGACGUCGCCUUCGAGUCGCUCGCGGCCGUGCUCAGCCUUGUCGCCCGCCCACCGGCUUCCGCCAUCUCCCUCCUCGAGAUCCGGGUGCCGAGACAGAAACGGCGCGUGCCCAGGGAGCACUGGCCCGUCCGCGAGGACGUCGCCUCGCUGGCACGCGUGGCCGCGCGGCUCGCGCCGGAGACGGUCGUCCUCGCGCUCCCGCCGAAAGGCUCCAACCCGAACCCCGCCGACUUCCACCUCCCGUGCUUCCGCCGCGCCGUCUCCAUCGUGCUCGAGUCGCUCCCGUUCGUCCUUCGCGUGCCGCCCGCCGCCGCCGGGGGCGAGGGCGACUUCUUCCCCGCUCUCCACACGCUGCGCCUCCUGGACUGCAUCGUCGUCGACAAGGAGCUCGGUGCCUUGCUCUCCCGCUGCCCGCGCUUACGCGUGCUCGAGCUCAGGCACAAGGUAACCACCUGGCCUGGCGUCCGCGCACGGAGGAUAGUCCGCUCGGCGAAGCUGCAGGAGCUCGUCCUGCACUCCGAGAGACCGUGGUUGAGCAGCGUCCACAUCGUUGCCCCAAUGCUCAAGCAACUGACCAUGUCCUUUUGGGCACACAAGGAGGCCACCAUCUCCGUCUCGGCGUCAACGAUGCAAAAGGUCUCGUGGCGCUGUUCCUAUGCCCAAAAUGCUAUUGGGUUCGGUCUUUGGAGCCUCCACAAGCUGAAGCUAGAGACGGCAGAGACACCAGGGCAGCUCCCUUCGCUGCAGAUUUAUGCCGGAAAUAGCUCCCAUACUUUUUCCAACCAAAAAGCCAACCUUGCAAAUGAGGUAGAGAAGCAUACGGUUGUUGAAUUCUCUGAUAUGGAGCUGCAUCUCUCAACAGCCGGGCAUGUCUUUGGAGCGCUUGUGUUGCAUCUUCUUCAGAUGAAGCGGAUUCGUUCCGUUCUACGGAGGCUUAAGGUCGUCCGGCAGAGUUCGCCGGAGAAAGAAGCUUGCCAUGCAAAUUGUCCAUGUGAGCCUACAGACUGGAGGACCCAGAUUAUCGCGUUGACGGCCCUUGAAGAAGUAGGCAUAUAUGGCUUCCAAGGCGAGGAUCAUGAGUAUGAUCUGCUGAAACUCGUACUCGGUUCUGCACCGAUGCUUAGAAGAAUGACCGUGAAGCUGUCGCAUGAGUUAUCAUCAGCCAAGGACGACCCUCGCACCAAAAUACAAGACCUCGUGGCGUAUUCUUCCGUGGAAUGCCUUGUAUAUCUUGGGUAA